GCCUCCUUCUUUCCAAAAUCCCUCCAACUACUUCACGCGGAUUCGGACGGUAUCGUCCACCCACCAGGGGCCCAGUGGGGGGCGUGCGUGUCCGUGGGUCGAAUUUGGACGUCAAAGUGUAUGUUGCGGUGGUGCUACUGGAGUUUUGACCUCAUGGCGUUGACUGGAUCAGAACUACAAGCCACGCAGCCUGCAAACGUUGCUCAAUAUGAACAUUUAUCCUUCAUAUUCACAAUAUAAGAUUUAAACAUCGUUCGGAGUUGCGUUUAACCUCGUGGGAGUCGAAAAGGAAGCACGCCUGCUGCGGGUCCGUCAUGGCGGGCGACAUGAUGAUGCUGAUGCGAGGCUUGGCGAAGCUGAGUCAGGCCGUGGUGGAGAUGCAAAGCAACGCCCUGCGUGGCGGGACAGGCCUUCCUGGUGUCGGCGCCGCUGUCCAAAAUUUUCAAACGGUUGCCGAGCAAGGCAUCGCCAUGGUGGUGACGAAAGCGCAGGAGCUGAGUCAGCAGCAAGCCGCCCCGGAGUCCGAUUUUCCUCCCGAUUCGUCUGAAUUCAGCGAGUAUGACGAGUUCGUAGCCGAUCGCAGGGCGGAUGCCGAGGAGGAAUCGGCCGUUCGGAGCACGAAGAGCUCGCCGUUCGCCGGCUACAAAGAUCCCUCGCGAGAGUUCGGCAACAGGUGGUACCACACGGACGCCCGCCACCGGCAUUUGCUGACGAGCGGGUGGCUCGGGGUGUCCGGGCGGCGGCGCUACCACCAGGAGCCGUCGUCGUCCGUGGGCGGGCUGACGGCCGAAGAUCUGGAGAAGGCACGGCAGAGCAAGCGGAGCGACGUCAAGCCGCACAAGCAGAUGCUGAGCGAGAGCGCACGUGAGAGGAAGGUGCCCGUGACCCGCCUUGGCAGACUCGCCAACUUUGGAGGUUUGGCUGUGGGUUUAGGUCUCGGCGCCUUGGCUGAAGUCGCCAAGAAGACCAUCAGACAUAACGACGCAACCGGAGAGAGCAAAAAAGCAGUGCUUAGUUCGAGUCCCUUUUUGUCCGAAGCCAACGCUGAACGCAUCGUGAGGACUUUGUGCAAAGUGCGAGGGGCAGCGCUCAAGCUCGGACAGAUGCUCAGUAUUCAAGACGAUGCGUUCAUCAACCCACAGCUCGCCAAGAUAUUCGAGCGCGUACGUCAAAGUGCCGACUUCAUGCCCAUCAAGCAGAUGACGAAAGCGCUAAAUAACGACUUGGGUCCCAACUGGAGAAACCAACUGGAGUCGUUCGAGGAGCGUCCGUUCGCCGCCGCCUCUAUCGGGCAAGUGCAUUUGGCCAGGCUCAAAGACGGCAGGGAGGUGGCUAUGAAAAUACAGUAUCCCGGUGUGGCGCAAAGCAUCAACAGUGACGUCAACAAUUUGAUGACGGUGCUUAGUAUGAGCAACGCGCUUCCUGAAGGUUUAUUUCCCGAGCACCUGAUUGACGUGAUGCGGAGAGAGUUGGCGCUCGAGUGCGACUACAUCAGAGAGGCUCAAUGUGCCAAAAAGUUUCGGGAAUUGCUGAAGGACCACCCGUUCUUCUACGUCCCGGAGGUGAUCGAGGAGCUUAGCAGCGCCCAUGUGCUAACCACGGAGCUGGUUCCCGGCUUCCCUUUGGACCAGGCUGAAGGUCUUCCUCAGGAGCUAAAGAACACGAUCUGCGAGAACAUCCUGAAACUGUGCCUUAGAGAGUUGUUUGAGUUCCGCUUCAUGCAGACGGACCCUAACUGGUCCAACUUUUUGUACGAUCCGCAGACGCACAAGGUGGCGCUGCUGGAUUUCGGAGCUACGAGAGGAUUCGAUCAAAGUUUUACAGAUAUUUACAUCGAGGUGAUCCGCUCGGCCGCUGAGGGUGACAGAGAGGGAGUUCUAAAGAAGUCCAUCGAGAUGAAGUUUCUCACAGGUUAUGAGUCCAAGGCAAUGGAAAACGCGCACGUGGACGCGGUGAUGAUCCUCGGCGAGGCCUUCGCGUCGCCCAACACCUUCGAUUUUGGAGCGCAAUCGACCACGGAGCGCAUCCAUAAUCUGAUCCCCGUCAUGCUUCGCCACCGCCUGACGCCGCCGCCUGAGGAGACGUACUCGCUUCACCGCAAGAUGGGCGGCUCCUUCCUCAUCUGCUCGCGUCUGAACGCCAAACUGCGAUGCAAGGACAUGUUCCGGGAGGCCUACCAGCGCUACUGGGAGGGCCGCACGCCGCCCGUUUGAAGCCCGGGACCAAUCGGAAGAGAACCGGCGUGAGGGCGGAAGUUAGGACAACAAGCGAAUGUAACACGGUUUGCGUUUUUUUUUUUUUUUCUUGCUUGGACUUUUUUACAAGAUGAUCAGGGUUCAAGGAUGACGAGGAUGAUGGCGAUGUAGUUGUAUAAGGUCAGUCAGUUUGUGUGGACCAGGACCGCAAGUGUCUUUCUUCUUCUAUGUCCUCCAUGUCUCUGCUUUAGUUUGAGACUAGCGUGCAACACAGGAAAACAAGAAGCAAUAAAAUAAUCGAAUACUGGAAUAAUUCAUGUUUGCGUAGUUUAUUUUCCUUUUUUUUUCCCUUGCUGCUGUUCAGUUGGGAGACUUUUCUUUGUUUUGGUGGUCAGUUUUAAUGAAGCUCAGGGUGAUCAUAAUGCGUUACAAAAAUUGACAAAAAAAAAAUCUUCCCUUUUUCUGUGUCCAGCUUGAUUUUUGUCCAUGUAUGUGGAUUCCACUUGAUUAAAAAAAUAUCAGGUGUUUGC